GUAUAAUAUACAUUUGCAAGAUGGAACAAACUAAAUGGCAAUAUAUAACAUAUAAUCAGACCAAAAAGCUCAGUAUUUGUAAGGAAAGAUUUUUGCUUUAUAGACAACCAUUAGGAAAACUGUCAGUGUUUAUCAGAGAGCUGAACCCAGAGGAUGCUGGAAUGUACACAUUUGGAGUGGACCAAUCACAAUCACAUGCGAUUAAGAUGGAAGUUCGCAAUGAUACCUGCUGCAAGGGACCAAAAAUAGUGAAGGCUUAUCCAGGUGACAAUGUCACUAUCAGCUGUGGCUAUCCAGAGGAACUUAAGACAAAGCACAUGUUCUUCUACAAACUGGAAAGCCCCUCUAUUACAGAGCUGAUCCAUACUAUUGGAAUACUGUCUCAGGCAGACAGAUUCUCCAUGUCUGAUGACAGAAGUGCUAAAGUUGUCAGUGUGACCAUCAGUGAUGUGAGAGAGUCUGAUGGAGGAGUUUAUUACUGUGGAGUGAAGGACAAACAGCAGUCAAGAUAUUCCCUCUUCACAGAGAUUCAGCUACAUAUUACUGGAUCACCCUGUUUAUCAAACAAAAGAGAUACUCAAAACACUGAUAAAAUUUCCCAACCUGACUGUGACUAUGAGGAGAUUAAAGAUCCGGAGCCCAGUGAAAACUGUGAAACUACUCCAAUUUAUGUUAUUGUCCAAGUACCCACAAACCCCUCUGAUUCCAUAAACACUGUGUACGCCACAGCACAGCUACCCACCAUCCCCCCUGACCCCCCAAACACUGUGUAUGCCUCUGCGCAGUUACCCACAAUCCCCUCUGCUCCCCAAGCAUUAUGUACACAGCUGCUGUUAUCUACAGAAUUCUCUGAACCCUGA